AUGAGGUUGUGGCGCGAGAGGGCGCGGUGCUCGAGGCCGUGGUGGCAGAGCGAGAGGCCGGGGCCGAGAUUGUGGACUUCGGCGGAUUCGGGAGAGAGUGUGGUGCCUAGUGUGGCGACUGCGUCGGUGACCCAGUCGGUAUCCGUGGCGAGUGAGGCCAGUGUGGAUGCGAGUGUUGGUUUGGGAGCGGGGGCUGCUCCGGGUUGGGGUGGUGCUCCGGCUCAGGGUCUUGAUGACUUAGUGGUGGGUUUGCUGACGCAGUUAUUGGCUCGUUUUCCGCCAGUGGUUCCACAGGGGGCUCCGGGAGUACCUCCAGUGGCAGAGGUGCAGCAGAGGGCUGCGGGAUUUGUUCAGCCGCAGGCUGUGGGUUUGAUGGUGCCGCCUAUUUGGAUAUAUGGGGCACAUGCAGAGGAUUGGUACGCCGUUGAGUUGGCAGUCCACUAUCUGAGUGGAGAUGCACAUUUGUGGUGGCGGGCCAUCGAGGGCAUAAUGUGGGCGGUUUUGAGUCCCACGUUUUAUUCGACUCUGCAUCGAAUUGCUUCAUUCAUCGAGAAUUGCUUCAUUACACCGGAGCGUGCCGAGAAGAGUGGCAUCCGGAGUAGCGCGGGCGAGAGCGCGGGCAUGGUCAAGGUGGCGGGAGGUGGAUUCUUGUCUACUUUGGGCCGUGCUAGAGGAGUCGAGAUCGAGAUUGCGGGGCAGUCAAUGCCAGCAGACUUAGUCAUCAGUCCGGUGGAGCUGUAUGACGUUAUUCUCGGGAUGGACUGGUUGUCACACUACAGAGUUCAUCUGGAUUGCUACAGAGGUAGAGUGGUCUUCGAGCGAGAUGCAGGGAGGUUGGUUUAUCAGGGAGUGAGACCGACUUCCGGGAGUAUUGUGAUAUCUGCUAUUCAGGCCGAGCAGUUGUUAGAGCGGGGCUGUGAGGCGUAUCUGGCGACGAUUUCUAUGUCUGAGUCAGGAGCUGGAGUUGUUAUGGGAGAUAUUGAGGUUGUCCAGGAUUUUUUGAGAAGAAAACCAAGUAGAGACGCUCCAAAAGCUUCUUGGAGCUUAAGGGGUAUACCGAGACACUUCACUGGAAACACUGUUGGUCUAACUGUCCAAGGCAUGCAGCAAUAUCUAUCAACUGCAACUAUUCAAGGGAGGUAUCUGUUUCGAUCUGCCGGAACCCUAUCUUCGCCGGAGCUUAAUGACAGUCUGCACCAUCAUAUCGCCAAGGCCGGCAAUCACAGGAAGGCUUCAUUCGUCCCGGUGCUUGAAAAAUGGAUGAAACAGGGAAAUCAAUUGAAUCCUUCUGAUCUCAGGAGCAUCGUCGAUACCCUCCGCGACUCUGAACGAUCUCUCCAAGCUCUCAAGGUAUCAGAGUGGAUGAGUGAGCAGAAAGUUUUCGACCUAAUUCCAGAAGAUUUCGCAGCUCGUCUUAACCUAACUGGAAACGCUCUAGGUUUGGAAGAAGCAGAGAAGUUCUUCGAAAGCAUUGCCGAGAACAAGCAGGGAAGUUCUGUCUACGCAACUAUCUUAAGCUUCUAUGCAAGAUCUGAGAAAAAUCUUGAUAAAGCUGAGUUCAUCUUCUUGAAGACGAAAGAGCUAGGGUUCCUUUGUAAACCCGCUUCGUUUAACCACAUGAUGUCUCUCUACAUUCAGCUAGAUAAGCUACAAUGA